GCGAACAAGGAAAGAAAAUUAGAAGAGGGAAAGGAAGGCAAAGAAGAGAAACCUGACACUGGAAGCAAGAAGGGCAAAGCUCCAAAUAGCGAUGUAAAGUUCCAAAGAAAAAACAGUGAAAAUUCAUGGAAAACGAAAAAAGGAAAGAGGCCCUUUUCAGCGGAACUACCAGCUCCGCGAAAUCUGGGUAAAACUGAUCGUCAAAAACAAAGAAAAUUUCCACCCAUUUCUUCAAACGUGAAUAAAUCCUAUAAUGAGCCUGCGGUAGCGAAAGCCAAUUUACCAGCGGCUUUUAAGGAUAACAAAAAGAAGAAACCUCUGAAAGGAGGGGGGAAUAUUGGUAAAACUUUUCACGAAAGAGCUGAUUCAUUUACUCACACCAACGCCAAGAACGAAGUGACGAAUAGAAAGAGGAAAGGAGCUAGGCGGAAAGAGCAGGAGAAAAAAGACGAAUCCAACUUCACCGACAUGGUGAACAAAUAUAAGAACAAGUUGUUUGGAAGGGAUGAAGGC